GGCGGGCGGCGGAGGCGGUGUCGGGGUGGGCUUUCAUCCUCUAGACAACAAGAAGAGACAGUCCUUCAAAGUCCUGACAGCAUUUAGCUGAGGCAGGUAGAGAUUGACCACACCACAGUUAACACAGCAUACCUGACUUGAAGCACUUUGAAAUGGAGACAAGUUUUAAAGAUGUGCAUGUUUCUUGCUUCACGAAACUUCUGUUGCCGUGGCGUUAAGCUAAGAACAGAUUGGCUUUCCAGAGCCAUCAAACACUCCACCUCUGCAACAAUGCCCUUCAGACACAAAAAUACAAGACGAAUUGAAGGCCUUGAUAGCAAUGUGUGGGUUGAAUUUACAAAGGUGGCAGCAGAUCCCUCAAUUGUUAAUCUUGGUCAAGGUCUUCCUGAUAUAUCCCCUCCCAGCUAUGUUAAAGAAGAGCUGGCAAAGGUAGCAGCAGUUGACAGACUGAACCAGUACACCCGAGGCUUUGGACAUCCAUCACUGGUGAAAGCCUUGUCUCAAGUCUAUGAGAAAGUUUGUGGAAGAAAGAUUGAUCCUCUCACAGAUAUCCUGGUGACUGUGGGAGCUUAUGGAUCUCUCUUUAGUACAAUACAGGCACUAAUUGAAGAGGGAGAUGAAGUAAUAAUAAUAGAGCCAUUUUAUGACUGUUAUGAGCCAAUGGUAAAGAUGGCGGGUGCAAAGCCUGUUUUUAUCCCACUAAGAUGUAAAAAUGAUGGAAACUCUGCAUCUAGUGCUGAUUGGGUCUUAGAUCCUGCUGAACUUGCAAAUAAAUUUAAUUCCAAAACAAAAGCAAUUAUUCUGAAUACCCCACACAACCCGAUAGGCAAGGUUUUUACCCUGGAAGAGCUCCAAGUAAUAGCUGAUCUCUGUAUUAAACAUGACACCCUGUGCAUCAGUGAUGAGGUGUAUGAAUGGCUGGUGUAUAAAGGAAAUAAACACAUUAAAAUAGCUACGUUGCCAGGUAUGUGGGAAAGAACAGUAACUAUAGGAAGUGCUGGAAAAACAUACAGUGUAACUGGCUGGAAGCUUGGUUGGUCCAUUGGUCCUGAGUACCUGAUCAAGCAUUUGCAAGUUGUUCACCAAAAUACACUAUAUACUUGCCCAACUCCAUUACAGGAGGCUUUGGCACAAGCAUUUUGGAUGGACUACAAGCGCAUGGAUGACCCAGACUGCUAUUUUUACUCCCUGUCUCGAGAGCUGGAGAGCAAGCGUGAUCGGAUGGCUCAGCUACUGAAAGAGGCUGGACUAAAGCCUGUCAUUCCAGAUGGAGGAUACUUUAUGAUUGUUGAUGUUUCCACCUUAAAUGUGGAUCUCUCUGAUGUAGAUGAGAAACAACCUUAUGAUUAUAAAUUUGUCAAAUGGAUGAUAGCAUCUAAGAAACUGUCAGCAAUUCCUCUUUCAGCAUUCUGUGGUCUUGAGACAAAGAAACAGUUUGAAAAAUACAUACGUUUUUGCUUCAUUAAGAAAGACAGCACACUAGAUGCAGCUGAAGUAAUCCUGAAGAAUUGGAAUAAACAGACAGGCUGAAUUUUCUUAUUAACUCUUCCAUAUAGUAUAACUAUCUAAUAGUAGGGCUUUUUUAAAUUGGAAAUUUAAGAAAAAAAUGCUUAAUACACUACAGAAUAAAUAUGACAUUGUAAAUAACUUUUUAUUGAUACCUGGUGAGGAGUUAGAACAAUGAUUUACUGAAGUGUGUUUAAUGCAACUCAGAGAUUAUUUUCAAUCUUUUAAAAAUAAAUUGUUUUUCUCUUAAAUAAACCCCAAUGGGAUUUUUUUAACUGAAAGAAAAGAUUUAUAGGAUUCUGUGUAAAAGAAAUAAAUUAUAUAAGUAUUUUAAAGCUUACAAGUAAAAAGGGGGAGGUGUUUUUGGUAUAAGAUAGUAUAGGAACUAGAGAGAGACUUAGAAACGUCUUAGUUUGUGAAAGCAAAUAACCUGCAGUAGAGGAAGAUUAAGACCCAUGGCUCAUAUUAGAUAACUGCAGUGACUCUCUACAUACCUGCCUACCUUCUCUGAAAUUGCAUCAGUUUAAAUAAAGUGAAAAGUGCUAAGUUACAUAAUUACUAUUUUAUUUCCCACAAUAUUUAUGUAUGGUGUUCUGAAAGUAUUCAGUCUUCAAUACAAUUAUGAAAGUGG